AAACACGCGUUUUAUCUAUAAAAUACUACAAUUAAUUAAUUAAAAUUCAAUAACAAAACUUUAUUCUACGUUCUCUUUAAAAAAAAUUAUAUUUACUCAACCUUCUUUUAAGAGUUUAAUAGAGGGUUCUCUUUGUUGUGAAAAAGAAGAAGAAAAAAUUUGUAUUGAAAAAAGCUCUUAUUUGUUUUGACAGCAAAAUUGUUGUUGUUUAAACAGGUGUGAGAGUGUGUGUUCGUGUGUGUGCGAAUUUUGUAGAUUUUUUUUCCCUCAGUUUUUAUAAAACUCUUCAAACUGGCAGUCGACGGGUCUGGCAUCUACGAUAUGCUGAAAUUUUUGAUAACAUUUAGUGCUGGUAUUUACACCGGUAUCUACAUCAGCCAAAACUAUGAGGUUCCUCGUGUCGACGAACCCGGUAAAAUAAUUGAUAAAAUUAAAGAAUUGGCCGAUGAGCAUCGUAAAAAUUUGACUGAUUUUGUUAAAGAAAUUUCAAAUAAUCGCAAAGAAAAAUAAUAUUGCCUGCAAGCAAGUUCAAAAUUUUAUAAUGCCAGCAAGACCCAUUCAAAAUUAGAAAGAAACCCAAAUUUUAGUUGAAGUUUUGAAAGAAAAUCUUUAGUAUGGGAACAAUUUUUAUUAUAAAUAUAUACAAAUAUUGAAGUAUUAUAUUAAUCCGUAUUAAUAAAUUGAUUGAUGUACUUUU